AUGAGCGAAGCUCUUGUUGCUCCAGAUCUUGAGGCUAUCCGGGAGAAGACUACCCAGCAGAUGAGCUGUGAAGAAGCCGACAUCGAAAAUUCAGUCUCCAAUGAAAAGGCCAAAUAUCCACCCCUCGGCCAAGUGAUUGUUGUUGUUCUGGCAGUCUACCUGGCGGCCUUUCUGGUAGCUCUUGAUCAAACUAUCAUCGGAGUGGCCAUUCCAAAAAUCACCGAUCAGUUCAACAGCAUCCCGGAUAUUGCCUGGUAUGGUAGUGCAUACUUCUUGACGUCAACUGCUCUACAACCGUCGUACGGCCGCAUUUAUAAGAUUUUAAAUGUAAAAUGGUCCUUUUUAGCUGCGGUGGGCAUUUUUGAGAUCGGAUCACUGGUUUGUGGCGUUGCGCCUUCCAGCACGGUUCUGAUCGUGGGUCGCGCAAUAGCAGGAAUUGGCGUUGCAGGUAUAUUUUCCGGCGCUCUGGUGAUCAUCUCAAUGACUGUGCCCCUGGCAAAGAGACCGCUGGUUUUUGGUGUAUAUGGCAUGGUGUGGGGAAUCGCUUCGAUCGUCGGACCACUACUUGGUGGAGCAUUGACUGAUGGUCCGUCUUGGAGAUGGUGUUUCUAUGUUAACCUUCCUGUGGGUGGAGUUUCUAUCGCAGUUGUUCUCCUGGUCCUUCGCCUACCGAGCAACAAUCAGGAUGGGAGACUAUCUAUCUCCCAACUUGCCCAGGAGCUUGACUUGAUAGGUGCAACCUUGCUCAUCCCGGCCAUUGUAUGCUUGGUUCUCGCAUUGCAAUGGGGUGGAAAUGCCUAUAGCUGGGGCAGCUCUCAAAUCAUCGGACUUUUUGUUGGGUUUGGUCUGUUGAUUUCUCUUUUUGCCGCAUCCCAGAUCUACAUUAGUCGGCAUGAGAACAAUGCGACCGGCAAAAAGAGCGGAAGGGCAACUUUGCCACCUUCAAUACUCAAGCAGCGCACCAUCUGGUCUGCUGGAUUAUAUGCAUUUUUCUUUAGUGGUGGCUUCUUUCUGCUGGUCUACUAUGUUCCCAUCUACUUUCAGAUUGUCAGAGGAUCUUCUGCCAUGACUGCGGGACUCCAGGUUCUACCCUUCAUGCUCGCCACUGUAGUCUCAUCUAUAGUGGUGGGUGCCAUGGUCACUGCAUUUGGGUAUUAUACGCCAUUUUUGAUUGCCAGCACUGGGGUUGCUGCUGUUGGGACGGGUCUGAUCACCUUAUACAAUGUGGAUAUUUCUCCGGGGAAAUGGAUCGGCUAUCAAAUUGUUGUCGGUGCCGGCAUUGGUGCUGGUCUUCAAAUCCCAAUGACAGCCGUGCAGACGGUAUUGAAGCCAGAGGAUAUCCCAGUGGGAACAGCCGCCGUCAUGUUCUUGCAAACACUGGGCGGUGCCGUCUUCAUCGCGGUGGGUCAGUCGGUAUUCCAGAAUGGCUUGCAAGCAGGCAUUCGCGCAUACACAUCCAAUGUUGAUCCAAUGGCCAUCAUUAGCGCAGGGGCCACCGAGACGAGGCACGUAUUGAUGACAUUGGGCCAGCUCGAUCAGCUGGAUGGCGUGAUAAAAGCAUACGUGAACGGAUUACGAGACACCUAUCGCGUUAGCUUGGCAUUAAUGGUAGCCGCGUUUGUGACAUCUUGGUUCGUCGAGUGGAAGAGCGUCAAGAACAACGACAACGCUUCGAAUGAUGAUACAAUAAUCGCUUCUUCAUGA